AUGAGCCGCUUCGACCGCCCUCGUCACGCUUACGAGUACGACUACACGGGCGGCCGCAGCUUCUGGGACACGCGCACCUUCAUCGGGAUCGACGACGACGACGACAACGAUGUCGAAACAACAGAUCACUACUCACGCGCCACCCUCGGCCGCCCCCGCCGACGGUCCGCAGCCCCCGCCAGCGUGAUCGGCUACGGCGACCUCGAGUUCCGCCCCUGGUCAACGGCAACAACCACAACAACCACCACGCCCACCCCAACCGCCCGACCCCUCAUCACCUACGACUGGGACCUCCCCCACCACAGCGACAUGGCCCCCAGCCGCACCCACCGCGAGCGCGAGCGCGAUCGCGAGCGUGUUGUGGCGACGGUGGAUGCGAGGCAGGGUGCGGAUGGUGGGGGCGUGGGAGUGGAGGAGUUGAGGUUUGGAGUGGGGGGUGUGAGGGAGAGGGAGAAGUUGCCGAAUCCGAGGGUGCCGUCGGGGCAUCGGCGGCGCAGAAGGAGUGAGAGCUGGGAGAGGGUCAAGACGGGGCGGAAGACGGUCAGUUCAGCGGUGGGCGGGAGAGCGGCUUCCAGCAGCAAAUUCCGCGGCAUCAAACCCCAGUACAACCAGGUCCACGCCCUGCUCCUGACGUGGUCCUUCCACGACCUCCGCGCCGAGGACUACACGGCACCGCCGGCCGCCGACUAUGUCUCGCUGGAGGAAGAGACGGCCCGGCUGCGCGCGACGCUCGAGAGCUACGGCUACACGGUGCACGAGUUCCUGAUCCCGAUGCACCGGUCCGUGGAGAGCCUCAAAGCGAAGCUGAAGCAGUUCUGCCGGUAUGCGGCCGACGACACGCUGCUGAUGGUGUAUUACCACGGCCACGGGGCUAUGGACGACGAUAAUGAGCUAGUGUUUAGCAGCGAGCGCUACCGCCCCGUAUCGACCCUCAAAUGGGAACAUCUCCGCACGCCCAUUCUCUCUGGCCCCUGGGACGUACUCCUGAUCCUCGACUGCUGCGCGCGGGCGGCGCCGGCCUCCGCCACCUGUCAUGGCAACCCCCCACCCGGCGCCGAGGCGUACAACAAAGCACCUGGUCGCGGGGUGGGGGGUUCUAGUUCAGCACCAGCGACGACAUGA